CUCAAGGCCUGGUUGCCUAGUGGUCCUGUUCGCACCGCGCUUUUCAGGAACUUUUUGGCAACGGUGCGCUUCGGCCACAUGUGGGCGCUUCUCUCUUCCAGAGAGGACUACCCGACUAAUCAGCCCGACGUCCCGCAGUUGCCAACUUCGCUGGUGAGCCCCGUCGAAGCGGCCUGCGACUCCGACGACGCUUCCUCGGAAAACCCCAAGCGUUUGUCGGAGGCGACGCGCUUGGCUCAGGGUCCGUCCACCUGCGCGCCCGGGGCCCCAAGUGCGUCGCAGACAGUCUGGACGACUCCACCAAGUACGCCGCGUGUGCGCUCUGGGGUGCCUGCAGCGCCGCCGUCUCUGCAAUUCGGAGAGCACCGUGCAGAGCCCUUGCUUUCGGCCCUCGAGCGAAACUGCACGAAGCAAGUGCGCCUCGCCAUCGAGGCAGACCCCGAAGCAGCCAAGGAGCCGUUCUGGGACAGCCGCUUCGAAUGGCCGCUCUGCGCCGCGAUCCGGCUCAGGUGCAGCGUGGAGGUGGUCCGGCUGCUGAUCGAGAACGGCGCGGAGGUCGGCGUGGCGAGCGUCGGCGGGCAGUCUCCUCUCCAGCUGCUCAGCACGGGGACGGAGGAUCACUUCAUUGACUUGAGGGGAAUGCCGAACACUCCGCUGGGCGCCGCCGAGUGGAUCGAGAGUAUGCGCCAGUCCACCGCGCAGUUCGAGCUUGGCGUGGCCACAGCACUGCUGAAUGCGGGCGCAGAUCCAGCGGCGCACCACGGCGACCCUCGGAUGGGAAAUUGCUCGAGUCUGGAGCUUGCACGGCGCUCCGGGAAGUAUCAUUUAACAGAUCUGUACGAAGCCCAUUCCCGUUGCUGAUUGUCUUACCCAAGCCAGGCCAUCGCGGGAGCGUGGCGCCCUCGAGCUUGCCUCAAUGGGGCCCUGGAGGUGAUGUGCGGUAUCGACUGCCCAGGCCCAGGCCUUCGGACCCGACAUGGAACCGCUUGCCUACAGUUGCUGCAGCUUGUGCCAGGUUGGGUUGCUGGGCCAUGCAUGUCUUCCGCACCCGGCUGCAUGUUUUUGCAUUUCGCCUCUUGCUCGGGUGCCGAGUCGAUCGACGGAGGCGUCCCCUCCUCUCGCAUCAAUCACUUCUGCGCCGUGCAUGUCUUCUAAACCAUGCUCGGCCUCGAUGCCCUUCUGCGCCAUGCAUGUCUUCGCACCAGCUGUAUGUCUUUGUAAUUCCCCUCUUGGUCGGUUGUCGAGUCGAGCGGCGGACUCGUCCCCUCCUCGGGCAAUUACUUCUGCGCCGUGCAUGUCUUCCACACCAUGCUCGGCCUCGAUGCCCUUCUGCGCCAUGCAUGUCUUCGCACCAGCUGUAUCUGUAUGUCUUUGUAAUUCCCCUCUUGGUCGGUUGUCGAGUCGAGCGGCGGACUCGUCCCCUCCUCGGGCAAUUACUUCUGCGCCGUGCAUGUCUUCCACACCAUGCUCGGCCUCGAUGCCCUUCUGCGCCAUGCAUGUCUUCGCACCAGCUGUAUGUCUUUGUGUUUCGCUUCUUGGCCGGGUGUGAGUCGAGCGGCGGACUCGUCCCCUCCUCGGGCGAUCACUUCUGCGACAUGCAUGUGCUCGACAUUUACCUUGGCGACCGCCGUGCGGAGCGUACACCACUCCAGGCGGCUCUUAGGUCUGUGGAUUUUCCCAGAGUCAGGAUGAUCGCGGCUUGUAGUUUGUAGGGUGAGGAGACGGCAUUUGGAUUAUAUGUUGAUCAUGUUCUGCCAGAUACGUGGUCCCAUAUAUACCCGUCCUCGCUAUAGAUAUUGAUCUGUAUAUCUCUUCGCUCGAGGUAUUGCUCUGUACAUUAGUAGCUUGGCCAGUGCACGCGUGAGCGUACACGGCGCGUGUUGCUCUCGGUGCUUGCACAAUUUGCAUGUCGUAAUUGCUGGACUUCUUUCAUGUGCGAGUCGAAGUCGUCUCCAGUUGCUCGCUCAUUCUCCCUUCCCGAAUCCGUAGCAGAGUAAGUGCCUCUGCUGAUGUCUUCUUCCGUUGCCCGCUCUCUCAUCAUUCUCUGUUGUAGUCCGUUCUCUCAGGAGUCCCAAUGUUUGUUUCGCUUGAAGCAUCUGCUGCGUGCAGUGGUUGUGGUGUCGGCACCUUGUGGGAGGAUUGCAGGCAGGUGCGCCGGCCCCACUGAGUGGCUUCCGCGAGUGAGUUGCGACCACGGAUGUCCACUGCUUGGCCAGAGGGUAGUUAGACUGCGGUUCGCGAUGCGGACCCUGGUUGCUUCGUGCUUUGGAGUUCGCCCCAGACUGCAGAACUUCGAUUAUAAAGACGAUUAGGGGAACACGGCAUUCCCUCAUAAUUUAACGCAGUGGCAUGGACCUUCCCUUCUCAGCUUGAUGCCUUUCUCCCAUCAUGCUCUCACAUCUUCCCUCAUUUACACUUUUUAAUAACUACUCGCUCGGUGCCGUCCCGGGUCGCUAGAUUGCGGUAAGUGUAUUCUCGCAUUUUACGUCGCAUGGGCGAACAGAGUUUUCGGGUUGUUGGUUGAGGCCUCCAGACUAAGAGGAAUAACAGGUGGGGAGGAGGGCACUCUGAUUGCCGCAGCAGCGAUCGCACCAUUGAUCUCGCGCCUCGCGCAACGUUUUCGGAUCCGAUGUUGAUUCCUAGAUAGCGAAGCUUACGAGCCAGGGCCGCGAUCCCUCCCUCUCCCGCUCUACCCGCCCUGAUCCCGACUGACUGGGAUGGUCUCCUUUUGCGCUCCUCGAAUCGCUCGGGCGCUGAGCCAUCCAGCAUUCUCCCUGGCGCCCGCCUCGGGCUCAUCUCUCCCCCCUCCCCCUCCGUUCCCAUCUCCUCGCAGCCCUCGUCCAACUGUCCCACGAGCUCGGCCAGCAAGCAAUAGACCAAGCCUCGUCGCAUGAGCGGAGGCAUCCCGAGGUCGGCUCGGCAAAGGGGCACGGCCAGCUCGCACGGCCUUGCACACACCCCCGAGCCAUCAGAUUUUUCGCAUGGGGACCGCGGAGCGUCUGAGGCGAGCGACCCGAGCAUAUUGCAAAGGUCUGGAAAUGAAAAACCGCCCUGAUGGCACCCCAAGAGGGCUCCAAGAGGCGCCUUUAAGCAAGCUCCGAG